AUGAAGCAGGCAAAUUUGAAGCUGAAUCCGAAGAAACGCCUCCUCUUUCAAAGAGAAGUAGAAUUUCUAGGGCACACUGUUUUGGCAAACGGGAUCAAGCACGAAGUCCGGAGUUUCUUGGGAUUGUGCACGUACUUCAACAGGUUUGUCAACGGGUUUGCUGAUUUUGGUGCUCCUCUGCACAGGCUGACGGAUUUAAAGUCUCAGUUUAAUUGGACAGCCUUCAAAAGACUGAAGAAUGCGCUAUGCUCUAGUCCUAUUUUGUUCUAUUUGCAUUCAUCGGAAAUGUUCAUCUUGGACACGGAUGCGAGCAACAUCGGAAUAGUUGCUGUAUUGUCACAGCUGCAGGACAAGGAAGAAAAAGUCAUCGAGUACUUCAGCAGCGUACUUUCAGAACCCGAGAAGAACUACUGUGCUACGAAGAAGGAGUUGUUGGCGAUUGUCAGAGCUGUUGAACAUUUCCAUAAGUAUCUCUAUCGACGCGAAUUCCUAAUUAGAACCGAUCACGCAGCCCUCACGUGGCUCCUACAAAUGAAAAAUUGCGAAGGACAAGUGGGUAGAUGGCUUGAACGACUGCAACAGUAUCAUUUCAAAAUUCGACACAGCGCUGGUAAGCUCCACAAUAAUGCGGAUUCUUUGUCGAGAAGACCCUGUAAGUACUACAAACACUGCGACAAGAUCGAGCAACAUGAAACGUCGUUCAACUAUGAAAGGACAGCAGUCAUAGAAGAUGAAGAAUGGACUGCGGCCCAGCUUAUAAAAGACCAAGAGGAGGACGUGGAUAUCGGGCCAUUGCUCAAAUGGAAAGAAGAUGGGGUAGAACGGCCAGUGGGGAUCUCUGCUUGUCGAGAACGGAUUGCUUGUGAGACUCCAGACAAUGUAGUUGGUGGUUCCGACCACCAGAAUCAGGAAAGAAAGAAGACGUCGAAAGUUGGUGCAAGAAAUGUACGACCUGUGCCUUUCGAAAGAAUUGCACUGGAUAUAGCAAGUCUUUUCCCGAUGACCGAAAACGGGAAUGAGUAUAUAAUGGUCGUCAGAGAUUACUUCAGUUUGGGGUCCCAUGGAAAUACAUUCGGAUCAAGGCAGAAACUUCGAGUCAAAUUUAUUCCAAAGGCACUAGGGAUACGGAAGACAUCCAUAUUCCCCGUAUCCGUGCACCCGCACUUAGAUGGAAUGGUAGAAGGGUUCAAUCGUACCAUGGAAGAACAUCUUUCGAAGGUGGUGGCCGAACAUCAGAAAGAUUGGGCUCGACACCUUCCACUGUUCCUACUCGCGUAUCGAUCAGCUGUCCGUCUACCUUAUGACAUCUUGUUCGGCUCCCCGAGUGACGAGCCAACGGAGGUCAUAGAUUACACCAAUGACCUGAAGGACAACUCAGUAGGAUUCCAGGCAGGGGAUUUGAUAUGGCUUUAUGAUCCCCAAAGAAGGAAAGGUCGUUGUCCGAAGUUGUCAUCAGCCUGGGAAGGUCUAUAUACUGUUGUGACGAAAAUCAACGAUGUCGUUUAUAGAAUUCGACGAGGGCCGAACACGAAAAUGAAGAUUGUUCAUUUAGACCGCCUCAUGAGGUACGACAGUGACACUAUUGACGGGGCUUUCAGAACUAAAUGUUUGGUGUACAUUUACCGAGAACUUCAAGACAUAAAUCCUCCACCUUAG